AUGUCUGAAUCAACCGAGCUAAUAUCGCCUACUACAUCCCACCAUUCCGCUCCCGAUCCGCUUGAAUCGACGGCUGUUUCUUUUCCUUCCAGGGCACCUCGGGUCCAUUAUCUCCCCGUCUUAAAAGCAGACCUGAAGAAGGUAGCAGCAUCCCGCGGCAAUGUUCACUCCCGGAAAUUAGCAAUUCUCAUCAGAUGGGAAAACGAUAAUACCGGCGCAGAAGAAGACGUCAUCACUAUGGGUAAAGUGAUGGAAACCUUCGGCAUCCAGUAUACCGAUCACAUUCUGAAAGCAAAGGAUCCCACCCCAGGAUGGAAUCUAUCGGCCCAAAUCCGCAAAAUGAUUCUCGACUGUUAUCACUCCAAACUACAUUCCUUAUUCGUGUUCUACUACGUCGGACACGGUGCCAUCGUCGAUGGGCACCUGCAUUUUAUCCAGGGCGGUAAACGUGUUUCAUGGUCCGCUAUCCGUGAAGAUUUUUUCUCCGAAAGUGAAGCUGUACGACACGUCGAUAUCCUUGGGGUAAUUGAUUGUUACUACUCCGGCGCCGUAACAAGAGCACAGGCCUCAACUUCAAGAGUGGCCCAAGUUAUGGCGGCCUGUGGUCCUAAUGAGGGAACAAGUGCUCGGGGCCAGAAAGUAUCAUUCACUAUGCGACUAUUCCGUGCAGUUCAGCACUUUAAAGGCCGAUUAAGUGUAUCCACAGCCGCGUUGUUCCAGGAAAUACAGCGACAGAGACCACUGGCUGCUCCAAUUGCCGUGUUUGAAACUCUCAGUGGCACUCAGCCAAUCAGACUCGUGUUCAAUGACCACACUUCUCCCUCGCGCAUCCCACGCCUUCCAUCACAUGUGAAUGAGAAACAUGUACUUGUCAAACUGACCCUGCGCGGCCACAGUCAAAUACCGGGCCAUAGCGAAGUACUGGAAAGCUUCAAAAAUACGAUCCAAGAUCUACCGCCCAAUAUGAAAGUGGAGAUCUCCGACGCAUAUGAAACCGAUCAGUCUAUUUUCCUUAUAAUAGGAAUGUCGUGGGAAGCCUGGUCCUUAUGGACCAUGGUUACACAUCUGGAAUUCGUAGGGGUCACUCUUGGCCCUUCCUUGGUGCCCAGGCGGCAUGUCGAAGUUCCAGUUCCUGUAUCGGAUGAGAAUCGUCGCCCUCCCCAUGGCAAGGGCAAGGCCGAGUAG